UGUUUUAAAAAUAUAUAAGAUUUAAUUUAAAUCCUGUGAGAAGCUGUAAUACAAACAAACCCAAAGCGCGCACGCGUACCGUCGAGUCCCCGAUUUUACUGCGUGGCCAAUCACAGACCGACUUUGCUGGUUUUCAUCCCGCCCUCCUCGGUCAUGCGCGCUGCUAUUGGUCAGAGUGGGCCGCCGGGUUUGAAUUUGAUUGGUUCUCACGAGCUGCGUGCGCCCAAAAACAUUUGAAUCUGGUGGCGCUGUUUUUAAACGGUCGCAAGGCAGCCGUGACUGACAGAGCGCCGAGAGAAAGGACGGUCCGUGAAGUAGAAAGAAAUACAUAAAUACAUAAAUAAAUAAAUACACAAAUAAGCAGAGCUGCUGUUGAAUCAUGGAUGAAGAGAGAUCCCCGCUGAGGCAGCUCAAUGAAAAGCCUGCGUGCCACGAACCAGCGGAGAAGAGCGCGCUGUCCAGACUGCCCGUGCCCUCCGUCAAGAGACCUCUGCCAGGCAAAGAGCAGAGCGCAGGGCAGAACAGCCUGAGGCAGCCUGCCAAGAAGCGCCUGUUGGAUCAGUCUGAUGACAAGGCUCCCCCCAAUAAGAGGAAAAUGGUUUCAGCCAGUGUGGUGGGCUUCAAGCCCCGCCCCCCGGUCAUGUCACAAAGACCUGCAGUGAAUCCUGUGUACAAGACCAGCGCUGCCACUGUGGCUGGUGGCCCUUCCAGAGGUGCAAUGAAAAAGCCAGUGGCUGCAACUUCGAAACCAGCAGCUCCCUCUGGUGUUGGGGCAGCGAGCCGACGACCAGGCUGGGAUCUGAAAGGCAAAAUGAGUGACAUGCAGAUGAAAGUGUCGAGCUACCAGGAGCAGGUCCAAAACACGAAAACACAAAACCGCGAGCUGAGGGAGGAAGCAGAGAGGGCACGGAGAGAGCUGGAGAGCUUGAGAGAGGAGCACAGUGCCCUGUUGAACAAGAUGAGCGACGUGCAGAGCAAAGUGACGAGCUACCAGGAGCAGAUUCAAACCAUAAGUCAAGAGAACCAGGGGCUGAGAGAGAGGGGAGACCGGGCGCAGAGGGAGCUGGAGGGGCUAACACUGGAGCACAGCGCCCUGCUGAACAAGAUGAGCGACGUGCAGUGCAAAGUGACGAGCUAUCGGGAGCAGAUUCAAACCAUAAGUCAAGAGAACCAGGGGCUGAGAGAGAGGGGAGACCGGGCGCAGAGGGAGCUGGAGGGGCUAACACUGGAGCACAGCGCCCUGCUGAACAAGAUGAGGGCCUAUGAGAUGGAAAACCAGGAGCUGUCCAGUUUGAAGAGGACUCUUGAGAUGGAUCUGAGCCGCGAGCGCGCCCUGUCUGCUCAGAGGCUGCAGGAGGUGAGGGAGCUGACCCAGAGCAACGCAGAGCAGACAGACAAGCUGCACCAGGGGGAGAUGGAGAGGAGGGCCCUGCACAACACACUGCUGGAGCUCAAGGGAAACAUCCGUGUGUUCUGUAGGGUGCGCCCCCUGCUGGACGGAGGGCAGCAGCAGAGCUCCUUCGAGAUCCAGCCCCAGGACAAGACCAUCGUGCUGGUGAAGACAGAGGAGUCUCACAUCGGCAAGGAGAAGGAGCUCCAUAAAUACCCCUUCAAGUUCGACCACGUGUUCCCCCCUCAGUGCUCCCAGCAGCAGGUGUUCUCUGAGAUCUCCCUGCUGGUGCAGUCGGCCCUCGACGGCUACAACGUGUGCAGCUUCGCCUACGGGCAGACCGGCAGCGGCAAGACCUACACCAUGGAGGGGCCCGACGUGCUGGCCGGAGAGGAGAUGGGCAUGAUACCCAGAGCAGUGCAGCAGAUCUUCCAGGCAGCCUGCAAGCUGAGGGAGCAGGGCUGGGAGUACCAAUUCACCGCAAGUUUCCUUGAAAUCUACAACGAGACAAUCCGCGACCUGCUAGUGAGCAACAAAACACCCAAGAAGAUGGACUACGAGAUCAAGAGAGCCUCUCCCACUGCGGACAUAAGAGUGACCAACCUGAAAUACAUCCCUGUGAGCAGCGAGGAGGAGGUGCUGGUUCUCAUCAAGCUGGCGAAGCAGAACCGCUCGACGGCUCGCACGCAGGUUAACGAUGUCUCCUCCAGGAGCCACAGUGUCUUUCAGCUGAGGAUUGAGGGCAAGAACGCAGCCAGGGACGUGUCCUGCAACUCGAUCCUGAGCUUGGUGGACCUGGCUGGCAGUGAGCGUGUUCAGAAGUCCCAGUCCACAGGGGAUCGGCUCAAGGAGAUGAAGAGUAUCAACGCCAGCCUCACUAACCUGGGCCUGGUAUUCUCAGCACUGGCCAGCAAGGAUGGCUUUGUCCCCUACAGGAACUGCAAGCUCACAUACCUGCUUCAGGACUGCCUGGGAGGAAACAGCAAAACCCUAAUGUUCGUCAACAUCUCUCCUGAAAUCGAGAGCUUCAGUGAGUCAUUGAACUCCCUGCGCUUCGCUAGCAAGGUAAACGAGUGUGUCAUUGGCACCGCCACAGCCAACCGGAAGUGAAGCUCCUCUCUCUCUCUCGACAGACUGGCACUGCCCUUUUAAUUCUGACCUGGGCACUUCUGGAGUUGUUUGAUCAUGAAAAGAAUUACAAUGGACUGUCUUCUCUUAGUUCAGUUUCUUCUGUAUUCAGUUGGGCUGCAAUUCAACUCUUUGACGGAGUGUCUGGUCACUUUGAUCACUCAGAUCUGUUUUUAAAUUCCCUUGCAGUGAAUGUGUUUCCAUACUGAAUAUGCAGAAUGCUGGUGUGCUCUCUGCAUGCCAGGCUUGUUCCUGAGAUCAGAGAUCUGCAACACCCCUGUCUCUGUCUGUCUGUCUGUCUGUCUGUCUCAUUCAGCUGGGUGAUGUACAGGUGGCACCCACUUCAGUUUGGAAUAAUACUAUUACUACUCAAAUAUUUUAGAUUUCAUGUGUAACUUCUAUCCUUUUUUUCAUAUAAACAUGUGCAUUGUACCCUCUCUUUUGUUUUAAACGAGGGGGUAUAACUAUCACAGUAGGGCAGGGCUUCUCAAACCCGGUCCUGGGGACCCCCUGUCUUAGGGUUGUCAUUCCAAGUGAGCUCUCAAUUGUUGAACUAGACCCUUUAUUGAACUAAUAAUUUGUUUUAAUUGGAUCUUUUUUAAUUGGUUUCAGCUCUUAAACAGUUGCAGAGUUCAAGUUACUUAUAAAAUGUUGAAAUCGUAACUUGAAAUGUGCAGCUGUUUAUUUGAGAGCUCUGUUGGAAUGAAAAUUAGCAGAGACGGGGGGGUCCCCAGGACGGGUUGGGGAGCCCUGCACUCGGGUAUGUACAGUGAGCAGGGUCUGUGCUGCUGUUGUGGAAACACUGCUUUGUUUCUCUGUCGGUUUCUCCAUUUGUUUUUAUUUGUGGUUUUUAAAGGUUUCUAGAUUCACUUUUGUAUUUGUAAGUAAAAUUCUACCAUUUCUGUUAAA